AUGCCAUCUGUCGCCUUUCUUGCCGCCGUGAUCAUGGCAUUCUCAUCCGCCGUCGACUCGGCUGCAACUCGCGUCAAGGCGCCCAUGAAAAAGCGCGGCCUUGAUUGCGACACGCUGGUAUAUGGCCUCACCGAAAAAGACUGUGACCACAUGUCAAGUAUUGGCAUGGCGGCCCAAGGGCUGAACGCCGAGUCCCAGUCCGAGGCCAACAUCUGGAUAGGUGACGAUGGCCCCAACACGAUUACUUUCACCAACGUGGGCGACGAGCCCGUGACGGUCAUUGUUUGGCAUUUCCCUAUAGGCGACAACGAAGCCAGCUUCGUGCAACAACGGACACCCGAGGUCUCGUACUCGCUGCCAGAGCAGGGCGACCAGGUGACUGUGUCCAUGGAGAAUGGCGUAUCUGGCGGCUGGUCUGCUCUCGUUGACCACGAGACUAGGCUUACUCCAUACGGGCAAAUCGACAACACCUGGGGCGAGUUUACAAGUGGGCGCCAUGCCACGGUCAACAUAUCUCGCGAGGUCAACAUGUCGGGGUCGCCCAUGAGUGCUUACACCGAGGGAGGGUGCAUAACCGACAUGGAUACAUGUGUAUUUCUUUGUAAAUACGGCGACACGUGCUGGGAGUCGGGAUCCUAUGUGCUUGAGGAAUGCGAGGCGGGCAGCCAGCCCGGAGCCAAUUUUGGACUGAAUGGCAGGGGUGAUCCUGAAGGCGGUUGUCAGGGAUGGGAGGAUGGCGGGCAUGUCGACGUUGAUUUGGGAUAG